AUGUGCCAUGCGUCGCACCUGGGAAAAAAUCGACAGAUCGCGGACAUUGGGCACGUCUUGUGUCCCCAAGGCUUCAAAAAUGACGUGCAACAGGAGGCUGCCGACCAUGAAUUUCCUUUGGGUCCGCAAUUUCCUUGUAGCACUUUGAAGGUGCUCCUGCGGCAUCGGUUCGGGUCUACAACAAUGUUUCCUCCCGUCCAUCCGUUCACGCCUCGUCACGAAUUGUACAAUGAUCUACAAAUGCUAUCACAGUCGACUCUUGAGGAAUGGAAAGGACUGAGCCAACUGGUGGCAACUAAAGAGCUGGAAAUCCAGCAAUCAAUCAUCGACUUGAGCGAGAAGGAGGGCUCCCUUGGUCUUGAGCCUUUGCUAACAAGAGCGUGGAGGACGGCAAGGGACAACCACAACACCAAGCAUGCAGUCCCGCCGGAAGGCAUCCUGCCGGGGUUUGCUUUGGAUCCCCUCGGAGAAAUAGCCGCGGACAAUGCGGACGGUUUCACCCGUGUUCCAAUUUUUCGAAACGGUGCAAACUAUGAAUACGAUCCUGGGAAUAAGUUCCCGUCGUUUCCAGACUGGCCGGAACCCCGAGUUAGGACAAACGGAACUUUCCGGUAUAAUGUUGACGUUCGAGGUCAUGUUGAACGCGUCAGAGCCAGCUACCUCGUACCGCACAUCAACCUGGCCGACCUGACCAACCCGCUGAAUCUCCUCACCUUCAUCCACCAUCGCGCAAGGAAGGCACCCUGUGAGUUUGCGAGGCUAGACAACGACCUCACGUAUCUCGGAAGAAGCUGUAGGAUUCUCGCCGGAGCCUUCGCCACUUGGAAAAUGAUUUCAUUCGUCGAACCAAAUUCCGAACCCGGGAAUCCAUGGGGUUUCAAACUUCACAAUGCAUUCGGCAUGGAUAUAAUGCCCCAAAAACUAUUACCCAAAGCAUGCCAUGAGCCUGACGAAGAAGCUUACAGAAAAAAUUACCAGUCGGGCAAUGUGUUUGGGUACAUGGAGGGUUGGUUGGUGAUGCAGACGCAAGCCAUCACAUACUCGUUCUUGCAUAACUUUUGCAAGGAACUAAUGACCGCCACGAAAAUAAACCGUCUUCCUGUGGAUAUGCCCCCCGAAAGGACUGGUGAAGAACAUCAACAGAGGAUUAAAGCGGAUGCUCUCGCGAUGAUUGAAAAGAUCAAGUUCAAAACAACCAACGGGGUAGAGAACUGGCAAGACUUGGCCGUGAUACGCCAAUACGAACCUUUUCCUAAACGCGUCAAUGUUAAUAAAUAUCUGCCGACCCUCCACUCAAAGACCGACGCAGCGGAUCAACACCUGACAAGGUUGUUCAAUGAGCCGGAUUACUUUUUAGAAGCGGUUCUCGAGCAGAAACGACACCACUGGGCAAACCUUUUUAUUGACUAUAGUGACGCUCAGACAAUACACAUCGAAGAAUACCACAGAGUGAGUCAUCGCCACAUUUUGUACCUUGACUGUUUACGGAGCGUCUUGAGGAGCGCCGUAUUUGGAUUCUUCAUCUGGCCCCUCGUCGAGACGCGACUGGUGGCUUAUGACAGCAAGUUGCAAGAAGAACAUCAAAAACAGCCAGCUACUAGCUUUGUCGAUCUCACAAUGACUAAGGCGAGUGGGGAGUUCAAGGAACUUUAUUACAUCGUUCGACACUGCGCUGUUCUGUUUAUGAAGGAGUUUUCGUCCAAGCUGAUCCACGCCUCGUACGAGCCCAUGCUACAACACUACUCCAGGAUCACUCAGCACAGCGAUUUGGUCCCGCCGAAAAACAAAGGUGACCCGCCCACAUUCCCAACGGGACUAUAUAAUGCACCUAAUCGCACCUGCAAACCUAAUCGAACCACACUACACCUUAAACACGACGACUUGAAGGAGAUUGUGGGCGAGCUGAUGAACAACUUCAUUGCGCACCCCACCGGGCGGUUGUAUGUUGGCGUGCGGAGGGUGACGGCACGGCUGCAGAGGUAUCUGGAUGACUGCGAAGAUGAGCAAACAUCACAAAUCUUUUCGAGCCUCGUGGCGGACACCAUUGAUAGCCUGGACGUAUUGGCCGAGAUUGCCCAGCAUUUGGAAGAUUUUCUUCCUUCAUUUGCUGUAAUUUCGCAAGCGGAGUAUGCCCAUUUUGUUUCGAAGGCUUGCGUUGACAGUUCCAUCAACUUUUUUGCAUUUGAUGCGUUUCCAUACGACGCCCAUGUGCCGGGAAAGCGGACCAACCGUAUCUGGAAAUUCCUAGACGAGGCACAAGGGUUCGAUGCCAAAGUGACCGUCACCAUUGGACAAGCUCGAGGUGAUCUGAAGCGACUUGGGGCGUCGAUGUUGAGCAACCAGAUUGUCCCGACAAAUAAAGCGACCCAACACGGUGCUAAGAAUGAGAGAUUGGAGCGACUGGAGGAGAUCAUGGAAGUCAGAAGGGACCAGUACGAAUUCCACCCGGAUGAGGUCCCCAUAGAUCUCGAUCGACUGGAAAAGAUUCCUGUUCGGCACGCCCUAACCACAUGGCGGAUGGUUAAAAAGAAUUGUCAGAAGGAGGCUGUAAGAAGACGAUUGGACAGGAGGGCGAGAAAGGUUGUGACGGCUGGCUUCAACGAACAUGUGCUGAAUGAAAUACGCCGGCGGGAACUUCUCAAGGCGCGGCAAGAGAAGGAAAAAGACCGCAGGCAGCGGUUGCAAAUGCGCAAACAGAGAUGGAACCAGCGAAGACAAGAGGAAGCUGAGCCCGGCAGGGAGCAGCCAGUGGGCGAUGAGAUGGAAGUCGACCAGGGGCAAGAACUUGCUGAAGGUUUACGGCAGCUCGGCGUCCAAGCCCAACCGGUACCUGAACCGGAGCGCCAGCCGGCCGUCUUGCCUCCGCUCCCCGCCGAUCAGCAGCCGCUCCCGCCGGCGCCGGCACCGGCGCCCCGCGCACCCAAGCCGGAGCCACCCCGACCACCGGCACCGGACAACCAGCCCAAGGGGACGGUCCACAAGCGGGUGUGGACGACGCUCAGCGCCGUGUACGGCAAGGACAGCUCCAAGGUGUCGUGGACGGAGCUGGUCAAGGCGAUGGGCACGCUGGGCUACCGCGAGCAGGGGCGCGGCGGGAGCCACGGCGUGUUCCUCUGGACGAGCGGGUGUCGUUGGCCCAAGGAGGCGCUGGCCAAGGGGCGCAACAUCCAGCUCGCGAGGAACCACGAGGGGAGCAGGGCGGGAGCUGCGCGGGGGAAGACCAAGGACUGGGGAUUCAGGCUUGGCCAGAGGGGCAUGACUUGGGACUUUGUCAAGAAGUGGUAUCGACAGAAGUGAUUGGUGGGGGUUUGGACGCUUUUACUUUGACGGGGUGACUAUGGGUUUGGCUUGACUUUUACUGUAGACUUUUGCGAUGGGAUCACUAUGCUUUUUG